AUGUCUCCCAGCCAUAUCUCAACCAAAAAGUUUAAAUGCUACUGUCUAGUAUGCAGAAUUAAAGCAGGAGAAUAUAAUAUCAUAUUUUCUCAAACGCUUAAAUGUCAUAAAAGAGAUGAACAAAUUGCAAUCAGGGGGCAAACCAACAGAUUUGAAGAAAUACCUGAGGUUGUCAGCCAUAAUGAAAUUCAUUUUGAAUAUGAAAAUAAUGAAUAUGAUAUAGUUUAUGUUUUUAGAUUGAAUGAUAGCAUAGAAGAGAUAGAAAUGUCUGCUCAGAUAAAAGACUUAUCUCUUUCUGAAUCUAAUGCUGUAUUUGGUAUUAAAGGCAAUGAGUAUGCAGCAAGCAAUAAUUUUGAUGGUAAAGAAGAUGAGAGUGAUGAUAAUAUGAGUGAUGAUAAAGGUUUGCAUAUCUACAGCAACAAUGAAUCUGUCACAGUAUAUUGCAUGUCUCCUGUUUUUGGUAGUAACCUAUUCUUGUUGGAUGUCAAUAGUGUCCCUUUUGUAAACAAUGACCACUCUAUAAUGUUUACUUUUAAUAUCGAUCAGUUCCAACCAUUUGAUGGAAAAACAUAUUCAUGUGGGAUUAUUACACCAAAAUCUAAAGAAUCAAGUAAAUCAGAUAUUAACAACUAUCUGAAACCUCUUGUCGAUGAAUUGGAGUUGUUGUACAAAGGUAUGAAAAUCAGAACUCAUCAACACCUAGAAGAUAUCUCUAUUCAUGAUGCUCUUUUCAUGGUCGCAUGUGAUAUCCCUGCCACAAGAAAAUACACAAUCGUCAACCUUAUGCAUAAUCUGUUCCUUAGAACUACCAAGAUAAUGAUGGAUAGAUGGGUUGCAGAUGGAAUAAUUAACAACAAGAAACUUGCUGCCAUGCAGAAAUCUGUCAAGAAAAUUGUGCUGCCUCCAGAUUACAUGAUGUUACAAAACAAGAUUGGCAAGUGA